AUUCUUGGUUCUUUCGGUAAAGUCACGUAAAAGGGAAGUAAUAAAGUAAUAAAAUAAUAUAAUUAAUAUAAUCAAAGAAUAUAAAUAAUAAACAAAAACAUUCUCACGAAGUUUCGACUGCAACACAAGCAAUCAUCAUCAUCAGAUCGAAACAGGACACCAGGCUUUCCCAAAGAUGCUCAUAUGGGGACACACACAAGAGUGACUGAACCAAACUCCGCACAACACGGAUUGUGUUGUAAGCCAUGGCCCAUUGCUCGGAGGACCAGGCCAUAGAAAUGUGGAGUGGAAGCAGUCCAAAUGAUGAAGAAGACCUGCUGCAUUCAGAGCACGAGGGUGCACGGCUCCUGGAGGACCGGACACCUUCCAAUCCCCCAACUCCGGGCUCACUUGGAACGGGCUGUUUUUUUCGAGAUGGCAAAACAAGAAUCGAUUUCAUGUUGGUUUGGGAGGAUGUCUUGGAAGGCAACAAGAAGCUCCUGAAGACCAAGAACACGUAUCAGGAGAUGGAAAACGAGGAGACCGUGCCUCCACAAUCCAUCGACGAGCACGACAGCCUCCGCAAGAUCUUCCUCACGAACCUGAGCAAAAUCGGACUGCUAAUAGAGGAGGACAUCAUGCAAGGGGAGAAGAUUAACAUCCAUUAUCUGAAGCUUCAUGCACCGUGGGAAGUGCUGCAACGCUACGCAGAGGAGAUCAACCUCAGAAUGCCACUGCAAAUCCAUCCAAUGACCAAGACGCACUUUUCGGAGAGGCUGUUAAAGUUCCUGCGUCUCCCAAACAUAAUGCAUGCAGAUCUUCCGCGGGAGCCCCAAGAAUACUACAGCUGCUUCUUCCGCAAGUCCAAACUCGAUCGGUUCCUUGGCAGUGACCGCCCAGAAACAUUCUUCUCCAAUACCCAGCGGCAUGUCAUCGUCAAAGAGAUCUUAAACACAACGCCAUAUGGGAAGCGGAAGAAGGCCGAGGUCGGCCUUGAUCGGAUGUUGAGGGACCAUAUCUUCUCUGCGGCCUUCCCUUUGCACGAGGGAAGCUACGAUGGGACGUACCUGGGCUUGGCCCCGGAACAGAUGACUCGCCGCCAGGUGCUCUACAAAUACUGGGCCCGCUGGGGCUGUUGGUUCAAGUACCAGCCCCUGGACCACAUCCGCGAAUACUUCGGGGAGAAAAUCGCCUUCUACUUCGCCUGGCUCGGAUUCUACACCUGCUGGCUUCUCCCACCUGCCUUGGUGGGACUAGUUGUGUUUUUCGUGGGAUGGUUGACGCUUCACAAUGACAGCACAAUAAAAGAAAUCUGUGAAAAUGGCAGCCAUUACCAGAUGUGCCCUCUCUGUGACACCUGCAAAGUGUGGAACCUGUCAAACACCUGCAACAUGGCUAAGAUGGGCCACAUAUUCGACUACCCAGGAACGAUUUUCUACAGCAUCUUCAUCUCCCUCUGGUCUGUGAGCUUCUUGGAAUACUGGAAGAGGAAGAGCUCCUGCCUCACGUACCACUGGGGAUGCACACUGGUGCACGAAGAGGAGCGGCCCCGGCCAGAGUAUGCUGCCCUAGCCCCCCUCAUUCGGGAGAAUCCCAUCACGGGAGAAAAGGAACCGUACUUCUCCGAAAACGAUCGCACUCCAAGGACUGUCACCGGAUCAAUCGUCCUCUUCCUGAUGAUCUCUGUGGUUCUAAUAUUCCUGGUCACUGUGAUACUGUACGAAGCCCUUCUAAGCAUUUCAAUCUUCAAGACUGGCAAUUGGUUCCUCGCGACGCAGGCGACGAAUAUCGCGAACAUGACUGGCACCUUGAUGUUCCUCGUGCUGAUCGUGAUCAUGUCGCGCUUGUACACGACUAUGGCAGACUAUCUCACCAGAUGGGAAAUGCACCGGACACAGUCGGAGCACGAGAACGCUUUAACCGUCAAGGUGUUCAUCUUCCAGCUGGUCAAUUUCUACUCCUCGCCCGUGUACGUGGGCUUCUUCAAGGGCAAGUUCAAUGGGUAUCCAGGAAACUACGGAUCCCUUUUUGGAACUCGAAAUGAAAACUGUCCCCAAGGUGGCUGCCUGAUCGAGCUGGCUCAACAGCUGUUCAUCAUCAUGGUGGGGAAGCAGAUCCUUAACAACCUGCAGGAGCUUAUCGUCCCGAUAAUCCAGCAGUGGAGGCAGCGAAAGAAGCUGGAUGAGAUCCGAGGCAAGCGUCUGGUACAGGAGCUCAACAUCUGGGAGGACGACUAUGAGCUCCUGCAUAACACUGGCCUUUUCGACGAGUACCUGGAAAUGGUGAUGCAGUUUGGGUUCAUCACCAUCUUCGUCAUGGCGUUUCCGCUGGCUCCGCUCUUCGCGCUCAUCAACAACUGGGUGGAGAUCCGUCUGGACGCGCGCAAGUUUGUGUGUCGGUACCGGCGCUCGGUGGUGGAGCGCGUCAGGGGCAUCGGCGUCUGGUUCGACAUCCUCUCUGGCCUCGCCCACAUCUCCAUCAUCUCCAACGCCUUUUUGAUAGCGUUCACCUCUGACUUCCUUCCCCGCCUACUCUACCGAUACACCUACAAGUCGUCACUGGACGGUUACGUCGAUUUCACGUUGGCCUACGCUCCCCGUGAAUACGUGGCCGCCAAUCACACCAUGUGCAGAUACAAAGACUUCCGAGAUCAAGAUGGGAACCUGACGCUCUUUUACUGGAAGCUCCUGGCUGUGCGUUUGAGCUUUGUGAUUAUCUUUGAGCACCUGGUGUUUCUUGUGGCUCGAGCAAUAGAUUGGCUCAUUAUGGAUGUGGCUCCUGAUCUAAAGGUAAAAAUUAAACGGGAAGAGUUCCUGGCAAAGCAAGCUCUGUCCGAAGACCAGAAAACACUGGAAAAGCUGAUGGUUGACAUGCAGCCAGAGAGGAGGCACGGAGAGCCCAGGGACACGAGCAGGCGGAGAUUCGAAGCGAAACUGAGUAGUGUGGGCGGAAUCUUUAAUAUGAACAAGUGAAUUAAAAAAAAGCCUUGUUGUCCUGACUGAAUGGCCCGAAAUGUACCAGAUCUCAGAAGGAACUCGGACGCUAAGUGGGGUUUGAACCUGGUUUCUGCUUUUAUGGGUGACCACCAUGCGUAACAGAUUGUUAUCGGAUCUGGGGCGAUGUGGUGGGCAGCAGAGGGCAGUGUAGUAAAAUCAGUUGUUGUGCUGUACUAUGAUCCAAUGUUUGUGCACUAUAUACCAACCCCAUGCUGAUCAACGUGGUCAAGUGUGACCUGUACGGUGUGGGGAGGCCAUCAUCCAGCAGUGGAUUAAUUAAAAGGCUGUACACGCAAAUGUACAUUUUCACAUAGGCAGUACAGUAUAAUAUUGGGCAGUGUUUAGGAUUUUUUGUGGUAUUUAAACUACAAAAUGAAUAUAUUAAUUAGCAUGUAGAAAAGAACAAGGCAGAGAAGCAGCUAAACUGGUGUCCUAAAUUAUUUCAUGUUAUUUAAAAUAUAUAUAUUCCUGUUCUUAAGUGUAUUUUAAUAUGGUAGAAAGACACUUCAAUAGGAGACGUUGCGUUUAUGAUAUGUAGCAGUCAAAGAACUUGCAUUUGUAGAAUUUUCAUACUUUUAUGCUUAUGUUAUUAAAUAAGUGCAAAAAAUGCUUGAACUAGUCAUUUGCACAAAUAAACAUUUUUAAUUGCAAGCAGCAAUUCUAAGUUGCUUCAAA